GAACAUUCUUCGCUUUUUUUUCAAAUGUCAACAAUGUCGCAACCAGUUGCUUCAAAGGCUCGUGUUAUCAAGAUCCUGGGACGCAUCGGAGCCCGAGGAAUCCUUACUGAAGUUCGUGUGCAGCUGCUGGAGUAUCCAAAGAUGCAUUUUCUGCGCACCGUGAAGGGACCUGUUCGCAUCGGCGACAUUGUCGAUUUCGAAGACACCGAGUUGAACGAUCAACCAUCCUUCAAAACCCUUGGCAACUUUGGCGACAAAGCUUAAAUAUGUUUAAGAAUCGUUGAUCGUUCUGCGGCAGCCUUGGAAGCGGAAGAUUUAAAUCUAAAUCACGUAUAUAAUAUAAGUUAAAUUUUAAUGUUUAAAUGUUGUAGAAAUACUACUAGAGACUAAAUAAUUUAAAACAAGUUUUUAAAACGAAA